ACAUUUCUUUUGUGGUUGGUUCUUGACUAGCUCACCACAAUGGCUAGCUUGUCUUCAAAUAACCUCGCUGUGUCUGCACAUGCCCUGAAAGAGUGCUACCAUCAGGCAGAAGAGGCAGAAAAUUAUGCCAUCGCACGACUGUGUAAGACACAGUACAGUAUCGUAAGAGAUGUUAUGAAGAGGGACCAUCAAAUCGACCUCCCCGAAAUCACCUUGGCUGGGCUACCCAUCCCGACUGAGCUGGGAGCACAGAAAGAAAUUGACUACCGCAUAAUACCACUGUAUGCAGUGAGUUCCGUCUCUGACUCUUCUUCUUUGGAGGAGCUGAAAGAAGAAGACUAUGAACUUCUUGGUCUCGAUGGCACAAAAGAGGUGGCCAGCGUAGAGGAGGACAGGUAUCGUCGCAGAGAAAUGAAGAAGCAAAAGAGAAAACAGCGGGAUAAAUGGAAAGCCCGUCGGGAAGAAGAAAUGAGGGCCUUACAAUCUGGACUUGGAGAACCUCCUCACGGACCAACUAAAAAUUUCCAACUACCAACUGCCUCUUCCGAUUCUGUUGGUCCUUUCGCUGGUCCCUCUCUAAAUGUGCCUGUGGUUGCUUCUUCGUUUGCUUCUACUCCUGUCGCUUCGUCUCCUUCUGGUUCUUCUAUGAGUUUGGACUGUGAUGUUUCUAUUCGUUCUCCAACGGCUGUUCUUUCUGCUCCUGGUUGUUCUGCCUCUGUUUCUUGUCCUCCUCCUUUGACUUGUGGUUCUCUUGAUGGCUUGACUGGUGAGACUUCUGCAURUGGUAAAAAGAAAAMAAGAGACCGYAAGCUUUGUCCCUAUCCCAACUGCGGGGAGUAUCAUUCGCAGGUGUGGAGACACGUCCGCAGGAGACACCCUGAUUGGACCGAGAGUGAUAUUAAAAGAAAAAGAACGGUUUCGUCCAGACCAUCUAAUCCAUUGCGUCAGUGCCCCUUAGACGGCUGCGAUGAUAUCUUUCGAAACCACAUCCACCAUUUUAGACAGCAUGAUAUCACCAAACUCAAAACCCCUGGAUUGUACCGAAAGAUGUUGGCAAAGUUGCAGGCGCAACCAAACUUGGACAAAGCAGAGGUUUCACACCCUAGCCCUCAAGUAAUGCAGGUCAUUUCGGACGGUGAAGAUGAAGAACAUGCUACAUACCAUCCAACUNUGGGAUCGGUGGAUUCGAAAUUUCUUUCCCCGCACUAUAUAACUGUGUAUAAAAGUUGUUGGGAAGCAGAUAUGGGAAAGGCAUUUCAUUCCAUGUUAUUUCAAAAUGAGCUAUUAUUCUCAAAGUCAAUGACUGUCUAA